CAAUUAAAUUUUAAUGAAGAAAAAUUAAUUUCAACAACAACAACAACAACAAAUAAAAAUACAAUAAAAUUACAACGAUUAUCAUCAACAACAACAACAACAACAACAAGAUGACCAAUUUUACACCAAUUUCAUCGAAUGAAAAUAUUGAAGAACAAAUAAUAAACUGUGAUCUAAUGGAUCCAGAAAUGCCCAAUGAUAAUGAUGAAGAACCGGUUACAUCAUUAAAAUCUGAUCUAAAGAAAAAAGAAUGGGGUAGCUAUACAGAAUUUUUAUUAGCAUCAUUAAGUUAUGCUGUUGGUUUGGGUAAUAUUUGGCGCUUCCCAUAUUUGGUCUACCGUAAUGGCGGAGGUGCCUUUUUUGUACCAUACUUUAUAAUGUUAUUUUUUGUGGGAAUACCAUUAUUUGUAUUGGAAUUUUCAUUUGGUCAAUAUAUGCAAAGUAGUCCAGUAAAAGUAUGGAUUAUUGCACCAUUAUUUACUGGUAUUGGUUAUGCAAUGUGUGUUAUGUCCGGUUUAGUAUCAAUAUAUUAUAAUAUGGUUAUUGCAUGGGCUGUACGUUAUUUAAUAACAGCAUUAUUUUAUGAUAUUGAUUGGGAUACAUGUGGUCAUCCAUGGAAUACUAAUGAAUGUUUAAGAUUUGAUCCAGCAAAUUGUACAAUGACAAAUGGUACAAUGUUACAUGAUGGUACCUGUAUGCAUCGACAAUGUUUUUUUAUAACAAAUAAUACAAAUGUUAUUGAUUAUGGUAUUAAUCCAAUACAUUUUAUUGAAAAUACUGGCCUAAUUAAUUGUACCAUACAUGAUGAUGUUUGGUAUAAAUAUACGUUGGAAAAUUCACGAAUGCCUAGUGAUGAAUAUUUUCAUAAUAAAAUAUUGGGUAUGAGUUCCGGUAUUGAUGAUCUAAUUGGUAUACGUUGGGAUCUUGCAGCUUGUUUAUUCAUUUGUUGGGCUAUUGUAUUUGCUUGUCUUUAUAAUGGAUUAAAAUCAAUGGGAAAGUCGGCAUAUUUUACGGCAAUAUUUCCAUAUGUUGUAUUGACAAUCUUAUUGUUACGUUGUAUAUUUUUGAAUGGAGCUUCCGAUGGUAUUAGUUUCUAUAUGAGUCCAGAAUGGGAACGUUUAAAACAUGUUCAUGUUUGGUCCGAUGCAGCAAUGCAAAUAUUCUUUUCAUUAUCACCAUGUUGGGGUGGUAUUAUAACAUUGGCCAAAGGCAAUAGUCUUAGGCAUAAUUUUCUCAAGGAUGCAUUUUACAUAUCGAUUGGUAAUUGUUUAACAAGUGUUUAUGCCGGUUUUGUUAUCUUUUCGAUAAUUGGUUUUAUGGCUCAUGAAAUGGGUCGUGAAGUUAAAGAUGUUGUAACGCAAGGAGCUGGUUUAGCAUUUAUUGUUUAUCCAGAAGCUGUAUCAAGAUUACCGGUUGCUAGAUUUUGGGCUAUAAUAUUUUUUGUUAUGUUAUCAACAUUAGGUUUUGGUACACAAUUUACAUUGAUUGAAUCAGUUGCCAGUACUGUAUCGGAAAUGUUUUUCAAUCGACCAAAUCGUCAAAUUAAACGUCGUAUUCUAAUGAUGACUUGUUUUACAUUUUUUAUAUUUGGUCUAAUACUUAGUACACAUGCUGGUAUCUAUAUAUUACAAUUAAUGGAUGAUCAUUGUGCAAGUAUUUCGGCCAUUAUGAUUGGUUUUGUUGAAUUGAAUGUUAUCGUUUGGGUAUAUGGUAUUGAUAAAUUUUUAAGAAAUUCACAAAAAAUGUUAGGCUCAUUUCCAAUGUUUCCAUUAUUAUGGAAAUUUAUCUGGAUAUUUAUAACACCGACAAUAUUGGGUGGUUUAUUCAUAUCGACUGUGAUCGAAUAUGAAAUGUCAACAUAUGGUAGCUAUGUAUAUCCUGGUUGGGCAUCAAUUGUUGGUUGGUCAUUAUCAAUGUUAUCGAUUGCAGCUAUACCUGUUUAUGCUUUAUUUAAAAUUCUUACAUAUCCUCAUGGUAGUUUUUAUGAGCGUUGGCUUAUAUUAACACGUCCAUCACCAAAAUGGGUACCACCACGUUUCGGUGAUGAUGACGAUGAUGAUGAUGAUGAUUUGGAUGAUGAUGAUGAUGAUGAUAGUAGUGAUAAUAAUAAAAAUAAUAGAAGUAAUAAUCAUGGAAAAAUGAUUAAAAAAACAAAAAAACAUCAUCAUCGUGGAUCAAAAAAACAUACAAAUCCAUUACAUUUACAUUUACAUGGUCAUGCACCAUUACAUUGUGAAUCACAAAUUGCAUUACGUAAUGAUGAAGAUGAUGAAAAUAGUGAUGAUGAUGAUGAUGUUAAUAAUAGAAAUGAAAAUCAAUAUAUUAAUCCUGCUGUUAAUCAUUUUAUAUCAAAUCAAUUAAGACAUAAUUUAAGCCAAAAUUCAUUGGAAAGUGAUAAUGGUAUUAAUCUAAAGAUUUUAAAUUCAAGAAAAUGAUUCAAAUUUUUCAAUUGAUUUUGAUUUUUCUUCACAAAAAUCAAUCAAUCAAUCAAUUUUUUUCUUGAUUAUUAUCUAUCAAUCAACAUUUCUAAUCACAUAAUUCAUUCAUUCAUUCAGCUCCAUUAACAUAAACAUAACGUAACAUUCAAUCAUUUAAACAUUAUUCAUCAUGCAAAACAUCAACA